AUGUCGUUUAUCGGGACCGUCAUACCCAAUCUACCGCGGUCUCAGUCGGUUGUCAGUCACAAUUUACCCCAAGUGCACGACUUCGAUGAGGACAGCGUCGGUCAUAACCGCUCCACGAAUGCGAAUGCAGGCAACUCCGAGAAGGAUAAGAGCGAAGAUGGCGAAACACUACACGAUAAUGAGCAUGACGGGGAAGCUCGCGUGGUGUCACUGGCUCGACAAUUGACCCGACAAUCCACUAGACUGACGGCGAAAAGCACGCUCGAGAAUCCAUUCUUCCUUGAUGAUCCUGACUCGACUCUGAACCCCCAAGGUCCAAACUUCCGUGUCCGCGACUGGCUGAAAAUGCUACUAGAAAUUCGAUCUCGUGAUCCAGAGAGGUACCCUGAUCGCACAGCCGGUGUUGCCUUCAAGAACCUUGGCGUUCAUGGUUUCGGUUCACCAACUGAUUACCAGAAAGACGUCUUGAACGUGCUGCUUGAGUUUGGAACAAUAGCUCGCAGGCUGGUUGGGAUCAAAAUGCCAAAAAUCCAGAUCCUCCAAAACUUUGAGGGAUUGAUCAGAAGUGGAGAGUUGCUUGUAGUCCUGGGCCGGCCUGGAAGUGGUUGUUCUACCUUUCUCAAGACCAUUGCGGGUGAAAUGAACGGCAUCCAAGUAUCAGAGGACACGGUGAUGAACUACCAAGGCAUUUCUGUCAAGGACAUGCACAAUUCUUUCCGGGGCGAAGCUAUCUACACAGCGGAGAACGAUGUCCACUUCCCUCAGCUCUCGGUAGCCGAUACGCUUACAUUCGCUGCCCUCGCACGGGCACCGCGCAACCGCUUCGAAGGCGUGAGUCAGAAGCAACAUGCAGAGCAUAUGAGGGACGUGGUCAUGGCCAUGCUUGGCCUCACGCAUACAUAUAACACUCGUGUGGGUAAUGACUUUAUUCGUGGGGUAAGUGGUGGUGAAAGAAAGCGUGUCAGCAUUGCAGAGGCUACCCUGAGUCAAGCUCCACUUCAGUGCUGGGACAAUAGCACGAGAGGACUUGAUAGCGCCAAUGCUCUCGAGUUUGUGAAAAACUUGGCUUUGAUGAGCAAGUAUAGCGGGUCGACUGCCUGCGUGGCCAUUUACCAAGCUUCUCAGAGCGCUUAUGAUGUCUUCGACAAGGUCACUGUUCUCUAUGAAGGAAGGCAGAUCUACUUCGGAAACACCAAGGACGCAAAGAAGUUCUUUGUUGAUAUGGGAUUCGAGUGCCCCGAGCGCCAGACAACGGCAGACUUCUUAACAUCGCUCACUAGCCCAGCGGAACGUGUGGUACGCCCUGGGUAUGAAGGGCGUGUCCCUCGCACGCCAGACGAAUUCGUGGCUGCAUGGAAGAGAAGUGAAGAACGCGCUAAGCUUAUGGCCGAGAUCGAGGAGUAUGAGCGGCAGUUCCCCAUCGGUGGUCCUUCUUAUGAUGCCUUCGUGGAUGCAAGAAGGGCCAUGCAAUCGAAGCGGCAACGCGUGAAGUCUCCCUACACGAUCUCGGUCUGGCAGCAGGUCUCCUUGUGCGUUGUUCGUGGGUUCCAGCGCCUCCGUGGAGAUUUCAGUCUCACGGCAACCGCUCUCAUCGGCAAUUUCAUCAUGGCUCUGAUUAUUGGAUCAGUCUUCUUCAAUCUCCCAGACGACACGGACAGUUUCUAUUACAGGGGCGCUCUACUGUUCUUCGCGGUCCUCUUGAACGCUUUCUCGAGCGCAUUGGAAAUCUUGACGCUAUAUUCGCAGCGACCAAUAGUGGAGAAGCAAUCAAGAUACGCAUUCUACCAUCCUUUUGCCGAGGCGAUUGCGUCAAUGUUAUGCGACACUCCUUAUAAGCUGGUCAACUCAUUUACGUUCAACGUGCCUCUAUAUUUGAUGACUAACCUUCGCCGUGAUGCUGGUGCCUUUUUUACGUUCUGGAUCUUUUCUAUAGUUACUACGUUCACAAUGUCCAUGAUUUUUCGGACCAUGGCCGCGACGUCCCGUUCGCUGUCCCAAGCCCUCGUGCCUGCGGCCAUAAUAAUGUUGGGAAUGGUAAUCUAUACUGGGUUCACGAUUCCUACUCGGAAUAUGCUUGGCUGGUCUCGUUGGAUGAACUACAUCAACCCUAUCGCCUACUCAUUCGAGAGCUUUAUGGUCAACGAGUUCGAUGGUCGGCAAUUUCCUUGCCAAGCUGUCAUCCCAGCAGGUGGUGAAUACGAAUCCGUGUCUAUGCAGUACCGGAUCUGCUCAACGGUUGGUGCGGAGCCAGGGUCUAGAAUUGUGGAUGGCGGACAGUAUGUUGAGCUGAGCUAUCAGUAUAGCAUCGGGCACCUAUGGAGAAAUAUGGGCAUUCUGAUUGGGUUCCUGGUUUUCUUUGCUUUUACCUAUCUUCUUGGGACCGAAUAUAUCUCCGAGCAGAGGUCAAAAGGUGAAGUUCUUCUUUUCCGCCGUGGCCAUCAGCCAGACCUUUCAGCAAUCGACGCCGAUCCGGAGAACCCUACCCAGCCUGCCAAUGCCCCGAAGACCGAAGAAUCCGCUCCACAGACUACUGCUCGGAUCCAGAAACAAACGGCAAUCUUCCAUUGGGAAGAUGUCUGUUAUGAUAUAAAGAUCAAAGGACAGUCGCGAAGAAUCCUAGAUGCCGUAAAUGGCUUCGUGAAACCUGGGACGUGCACCGCCCUAAUGGGUGUGUCAGGAGCAGGGAAAACGACGUUGUUGGAUGUCCUGGCCACAAGAGUCACCAUGGGUGUUGUCUCUGGCUCAAUGCUUGUUGAUGGGCGCUUGCGCGAUCAAUCGUUCCAGCGGAAAACCGGGUAUGUUCAGCAACAAGAUCUUCACUUGGCCACGUCUACUGUGCGCGAAGCUCUCAGUUUCAGUGCAUUACUACGGCAACCUGCACACUUGAGUCGACAGGAAAAGCUUGAUUAUGUUGAAGAGGUUAUCAAGCUUCUUGGGAUGGAAGCCUAUGCAGACGCCAUUGUGGGAGUUCCUGGAGAAGGGUUGAAUGUCGAGCAGAGAAAGCGAUUGACAAUUGGGGUAGAGCUUGCAGCGAAGCCUCAGCUUCUAUUGUUUCUGGACGAGCCGACUUCUGGGCUUGAUAGUCAGACCUCCUGGUCCAUCUUAGACCUGAUUGAUACCCUAACCCAACACGGGCAAGCAAUUCUUUGCACCAUUCACCAGCCAUCAGCAAUGUUGUUCCAGCGAUUUGACCGGCUUCUCUUGUUAGCUUCUGGAGGGAAAACCAUCUAUUUUGGAGAAAUCGGGCCCAACUCUUCGACACUCUCGAACUAUUUCGUGCGCAAUGGUUCUCAGGAACUGCCUCCGGGAGAAAACCCAGCCGAGUGGAUGUUGGAGGUUAUCGGAGCGGCUCCAGGCUCUCACACCGAGAUUGACUGGGUCAAGACAUGGCGAGAAUCUCCAGAAUUCGCCAAAGUAAAGGAGCACCUUGCUGAAUUGAAAGCUACAUUGUCCGUCAAGCCUGUCGACUCGUCUGAUCCAAGCGCCUUGAGUGAGUUCGCCGCUCCAUUCUAUAUCCAACUGUGGGAGUGUCUUGUUCGAGUGUUCGCUCAAUACUACCGCACUCCAACCUACAUCUGGUCAAAAACCGCCCUCUGCGUUCUAACAUCGCUGUAUAUUGGCUUCUCAUUUUUCAACGCUUCAACGUCCAUCCAAGGUCUCCAGAAUCAAAUGUUCGGCAUGUUCAUGUUGAUGACAAUAUUCGGCAAUCUGGUACAGCAAAUCAUGCCCAACUUUGUCACCCAACGCUCCCUUUACGAAGCACGAGAACGCCCAUCAAAAGCAUAUUCUUGGAAAGCCUUCAUGGCAGCAAAUAUUAUUGUUGAACUUCCCUGGAACACGCUCAUGGCAGCCCUUAUCUUCUUCUGCUGGUAUUACCCAAUCGGUCUAUACAACAAUGCAAAGCCCACAGACGCCGUAACAGAGCGCGGUGGUUUAAUGUUCCUACUAAUCUGGACGUUCCUGCUCUUUACGUCUACUUUCGCGCACAUGGUCAUCGCAGGCAUCGAGCUCGCAGAGACUGGAGGCAACGUCGCAAAUAUGUUAUUCUCCCUCUGUCUCAUCUUCUGCGGUGUCCUCUCGACCCCGGACGCCAUGCCUGGGUUCUGGAUAUUCCUUUAUCGAUGCUCCCCCUUCACUUAUCUGAUCAGCGCGAUGCUAUCGACGGGCUUGUCGGGGACGGAUGUUGAGUGCGAAGCCGUGGAGUAUCUCACCUUUAAUCCGCCGGAUAAUCAGACGUGCGGGGAUUACAUGCAGACCUACAUUGAAGGGGCCGGGAGCGGCUAUCUCCUAGAUCCAGACGCGACCUCUCAAUGUUCGUUUUGCACCAUGGACAAGACAGACUUGUUUCUAGAGAGCGUUGGAAGUCGGUUCAGUGAGGCUUGGAGGAACUUUGGCCUCAUGUGGGUUUAUAUCGUCUUCAAUAUCGCUGGGGCGGUGUUCGUCUACUGGCUGGCGCGUGUGCCAAAGGGGAAGAAGAUGGCUGGGUCAUCAUAA